CCCCUCCGGCGCGGGGAGGGGGAUGCGGACGGGGGAAGAUGGCGGCCUCGAACAACCCGCGGAAAUUCAGCGAGAAGAUCGCGCUGCACAACCAGAAGCAGGCGGAGGAGACGGCGGCCUUCGAGGAGGUCAUGAAGGACCUGAGCCUGACCCGCGCCCACCGGUUACAGCUGCAGAAAACCCAAUAUUUGCAACUGGGACAGAGUCGUGGCCAGUACUACGGUGGGUCACUGCCAAAUGUGAAUCAGAUUGGAAACAGUGCCAUGGAUCUCCCCUUCCAGCACAACGGAGCUCUGGCAGAAGCCUUUGGAGCAGUUCCUGUCUCUUUGACUCCUUUUCAGUCGUCGGCGCUGGACACAAGCAGAACAACUCGGCAUCAUGGUCUGGUGGACAGGGUGUAUCGUGACAGAAACCGUCUUGGCUCCCCGCAUCGACGCCCUCUCUCUGUGGAUAAACAUGGAAGACAAGUGGACAGCUGUCCGUACGGCACUGUGUAUCUGUCGCCUCCAUCAGACACAAGCUGGAGAAGGACAAAUUCUGAUUCUGCCUUGCACCAGAGUACUAUGACUCCAGCUCAACAGGAAUCUUUUUCAGGAGGGUCACAGGACAUGCAGCAGAAAAGAGUGUUAUUACUGACUGUCCCUGGAAUGGAGGAGACCACCUCUGAGGCAGACAAAACCCUCUCUAAGCAAGGAUGGGACACUAAAAAGACUGGGUCAUCAAGACCUAAAUCAUGUGAAGUUCCAGGAAUCAACAUCUUUCCAUCAGCUGACCAGGAAAACACUACAACACUGAUUCCUGCUACACAUAACACAGGUGGCUCCCUGCCAGACCUGACAAACAUCCAUUUCCCUUCCCCUCUCCCAACACCGUUAGAUCCCGAGGAAUCCACAUUCCCGGCCCUGAGUAGCUCCAAUAGUACCGGAAAUCUUGCUGCCAAUCUGACUCACUUGGGCAUCAGCACUGCCAAUCAGGGAAUGACAACGACGCCAGCCCCUUCCCAGCAGCACCGUCAGCCAGCCGUCAGUCCUCUCUCGUUGAGUGCAGACUCAAGACGACCACAGUCACAGCAAAUGUCUCCUACGCUUUCCCCUUUGUCACCAAUUACUCAGGCCGUGGCUAUGGAUGCAUUGUCUCUGGAGCAGCAGCUUCCCCCAUACCCAUUUUUUACCCAGACAACCUCCCAGCAACAGCAGCAGACCCAGGUGGCAAGUACCCUGCCUCAGAAUACUCCUUUAAUGCAGACCUCUGGUUUACAGCGAGGAACACAACUCCCCCCGCUCUCCGUCACGGUACCUUCUUCCAUCCCCCAGUCACCUCCGGGUAGCCAGACCCAGCCAUCAGUGGGAAUAGACAUCAACUCGGCUUCACUCCAGCAGUACCGCAGUAAUGCUGGAUCCCCAGCCAACCAGUCUCCCACCUCUCCUGUCUCCAAUCAAGGCUUCUCUCCUGGCAGCUCCCCUCAACAUUCUUCCAUUCUGGGGAGUGUAUUUGGUGACUCCUAUUAUGAUCAGCAGAUGACAGCUAGGCAGGCUAAUGCCCUAUCCCAUCAGCUCGAACAGUUUAAUAUGAUAGAAAACGCCAUUAGUUCCAACAGCCUGUACAGCCCUUGCUCCACCCUUAACUACUCCCAGGCAGCCAUGAUGGGACUUACCGGCAGUCAUGGCAGCUUGCAGGACUCGCAGCAGCUGAAUUACUCCAGCCAUGGAAACAUCCCCAACAUCAUUCUUACAGUGACAGGAGAAUCCCCUCCCAGCUUAUCAAAAGAACUGACCAGCUCUUUGGCAGGAGUGGGAGACGUCAGCUUUGACACGGAUUCCCAGUUCCCUCUGGAUGAACUCAAAAUUGACCCUUUAACCUUGGAUGGACUGCACAUGCUGAACGACCCCGACAUGGUCCUCACCGACCCCGCCACAGAGGACACGUUCAGGAUGGACCGGCUGUGAAGCCUGGAGCGGGGGAGUGACGCGUGUUCCUGGAGCCCGGCCGAACUCGAGAGUCCAGCGGGUCAGUCGUGUCAGAACAGGAGCUGCUGAGAGCAGCAGCUCUGUCCUGUGCAACAUGUACAAUGAGUAAAGCUUGUCGUUCUAAGCUUGCAGCGCUGCAGACCCCUACUCCCUGUUGCGCCGUAUUUCGCCCCUUAUCCACUCAUUGCCAUUAAUGAGUAAGGAGUUUCCAUCAGCCUUUUCCUCUCCAGACCCCCCCCCCCCCCUUUCCCCCCACCAAAGCUCCGGCGUUAAGUUGUCAAUUUAUCCUUUGCACUAGGAGGGGGGUGUUUGUGGGCAGGCGAGGAAGGUGCAGAGCCAAGGGUAAAGAGAUUCUUCCCGACGUCCCGAAUUGCUGGCUGCUGGUCGAGGCGGGGAGGGGGAAGCGCCGAUUUCGCCGCCCCCCCCUUCUCUCUCCCCUCGCUGUUUCGAAAGCCAAUUCUGCGUUGCCACCCUCUGGGAGGGGCUGGGGGAGCUUCGGCGGUUUUGACUCUGCUUUGUGACAGCCGCUUCGUAGAGUAAAACGCUUCUUCCUUUAGCGAUAUGCCAUGUUUGGUUUCAGGUUUGUUCCCUUGACCGUCGUCCCGCACCCGCUGCCGCUUCUCGUGCCCCGAGCAAACGCGCGUACUUGGCAAAGCGGAAAAGCAGCCUGGCAGCCCAACGGCCUCGUGUAGCCAGCUAGUCAAAAAAGGCAACUGUAAACACUAUUUUCAAAGCUUUUUUUUUUUUUUAAAUAUAUAUGUAAUAUAUAUAUUUAUAAAUAUAUGUAUACAUAUAUAUAGCAUUUCUGAGCACACAAAAAAGUACUAUAAUUCAUUACUUGAUUAGCACGGAGGAAGGAGCAGAACAUUUUAAAGCAGCUAAAAGAAUAUAGGAGACUAACUCGCAGAGCAUAUUUCUCGUUUUACUUUUGUGAGAGAUUCCUGGGCAACAGGAAGGGCAUUUCUGUAGCAAUGCCUGGCUCAAAUCAUGAUGACUAUUUUUUAUUUUUUAUUCUUAUUCAUUACUUAUUCUGUUACCAUUAUUUAUGAUAUUUUUGGGUUUUUUAUUUAAGUAUUUGGAUAUUAGGAAAGUAGCUAAACUACAUACAGCCAUUUGAAGCACUCUACAUAAUACUUGUACAGUACAUCUUUUUUGUGUUUUUAUUCCAGAAAUAUAUUAUAUAUAUUAUAUAUAUAGGUAUUUUUAACUAACUGGAAUUUUAAACAGAUGUUAAGCAGAAGUGAGGAAGCCUAAGGCAAGUCUAGAUGUUUUCCUUUUAUAUAGUCAAAAUAGGGUGGCAGGAACUUAGACAUUCCUUCUUUCACCCUGGGGAAAAAAUAGCUUGCUCCACAGUGAAUAGUACUGUAUCCUCAGACAGGUUGAGAUUCUGUUAAAUUUAUAAUAAGACUAUUUCUGUUAGUCCUUGUUAAUAUUCUGUGCUGCAGUUUAAGAGACUGGUGGAUGACACUUUAUCAAUGGCAAAUAAAUAAAAACAAACAAACAAACAAACCAACCAAACCUGAACUGCAAACCACCCAUUGACUCCGAAUCUGUGGUUUCAUUAAAUGUCAGGGCUGAAUGGAUGAGGGUUCCCGGAUCUCUGCACGUGGGACUCAGAUUUGAAAAAUGCAUUUAAAGAUUUAUCAAGAGCCCAGCAGGCUCACAGUGAUUGCCAGGGCCACUGUUAAAUCGUUAUCUUCAUUCCACUAUAAUCUGCACAGUAACAGAAUCUGUCAGUACAGGACCCUUCUCUCCAGUCGAAAUUACAAAUUAACAUUAUUUGGAGUCUUAUUAACAAGUUAAGAGUUACGUUGCGCCUAACACCCCGGAGGUGGGAUGAACCAAUACCUGCUAGAGGAAAGAUUUCCACGCAGUCGGGGUUGAACACCCACAUCUACUUUUGUUAAGUACAGCCUCAAGAAAAGAGCCGUUUUAGUUUUCAUUUCAAGAGGAGUUGUGUUUUGGUGAUUCCCCCCCCUCUGGCAUGGUAGUUCCACAUCUGCUCUUUCGACUCGAUCUGCACCAGCUGGAUUUGCUUCUUGUCUAAAACCGUGUCCGCUCUUUCUCAGCUGUCAUGACUUGCAAGCAAAAAAACCCCCCCAGCGCUUCUCCCCGUCCUGUUUCCCCUCCAGACAGAUUUGUCUGUGCUGUUUUCAGCAAGCGAUAAGGAGGGUCCGCCGAGGAGCUGGCCUGCUCUUAAUGAGUUAUAUUAGGUUUCUGUGUGCUUCCAGAAAUCAGUGGGACGCCGUCCUGAGAUUCAUGCAGACACUGCUGAGCAGAAUCGUUGUUGGGAUCUCUCUAAUCCGGGUGCGUGUUUGCUCACGUUUGUGCCAUCCGUUGACCAUUUGCACUAAAAAUGUUUUUUCUUUCGAUCUCUCAGCUUACCUGUGUCUUCUUUUCGUUCCCUCCCACGCAAUUGAAAGGUUAUUCUGCAUCUUUGCUGAAAAUGUUUGUUGUCAGGAUUUAAGCCCGGUAGUACGUUAACUCCUGGUGUCUGCUUAUUUCAGAUUGCUAACGCUUUUUCAAUUUAAGGAGGCAAAAAAAAAAAAAAAAAAAAAAAAAAAAAAAAAAAAAAAAAAAGGUAGCUUCGAACAGGAGGAUACCCUAAAAGAACAGGAGUAAUUUGGGCACGGGUGACUCGGAGUCCUUUGCUUUGAAACAGCCAAAGGUACAGUGUGAGUUGAAUACGCUUCUUGCAGUUCACGUAGUUCCCUGGUGGGAUUUCUGUCUGUAUCGCGCUCUCGUUCGAAUGACUCUCAUGCAUGUAAAUUCUUGUUUGUGAUCUAUUUUUUUAAAACCAGAGUCACUUCAGAAUGAAGCAUCCAAGUAGGAGAUGAGAUUCCUCACUGGAGACUUUUACAGGGAGCUGUUGCUAAAUGCUACCUUCUAAUUUUUUUUAAACUACAUGUAUAUAUAAGAGAUCUUGUUUAUUAGACUUGUAAGUAGACAUUUAAAAUGGCCUUAAUUUAAAAAUAACACGUCUGGAUGCAACUGUCAAAAGGAGGGACCAUCUAGUUGAGAGAAAUCCAGGUUUUGUUCCUUUUGUGCGGGGCAGGCGGAGAAGGGUGCGCUGGGAGCGGGAAGGAGCCGCGGGAAGCAGGUGAUGGCUCUGUGUGACAAGAUGUGCUUCGUCUGGGGAGCCCCGGUAGUGGGCAGGGCGAAAGCUGCUGUUAGUCCCGACCCUUUGAGAACCGGAGCAGUUCCUCCAACAGCUCUUGGCUUUGCUUCCCGGGGGGCCGCUCUCCUGACAGCGUCGUGGAGGAGCUGCGCUUCGAGAGGGGUUUUUUCUCCCCCUCUCCCCUCAAAAUUUAUGUUUUUGUAGCGUGUGUGGGCGUAAGGCUGAUUUUUAAAGCGAGCCCAAGCUAUUAAGUUGUCAGGUGUAAACAUGGAGCGGGUCCCCGGUGUUUUCGGAACGAAGAAUCUUGAUUUGAUUUGAAAGCGGCGUGGCACCGUUUUCAUUCUGAAUUGUGCGUGGAAGGGCGAGAGCUGUUGGGAGCGGCUGGGACGGACGGGAGCGGGAAGAGCAGCGAAAAGAAAAAACAUCACCGAGCAAAAAAAAAAAAAAAAAAAAGAAAAAAAAAAAAGUAGUAUUAUUUAUAACUUUUUGAGUUAAAUGAUGUUGAAACUGUCUGGUGUCUCAAAGGGUUACUGUCCAAACAUACCUGCUGAGUGAACCCUACCCCCUCCCUACAACUUGUGUUUUUAUAUCUCUCUAUAUCUUAAAAAGUUCCCAAGCUAGACUGUUGCAUUUGCCAAUACAAUGGGGAAACAAUAGGAAUAAACCUCCCGUGUAUCAAAUACUGUGAUUUUUCAAAAGCGAACCAGCACUCCUGCUGGUGGUGGCAGCGCGGGGCGGGCGGGGGAGGCUCCUUGCGUUGUACAUAGCGUUCGUUCCGCAUUCUCUCUGGAAUGAAUCUGCACAGGCCGGGCUCCGGGCACGGCUGCGCGGGGCCGAGCCCCUCGGCUCACUGCUGCUUCUGCAUGGCCGUCAGCACUUUGCCAGCGAUCCUGAACUCUGCAAAACCUUUCCUGUACAGAGCACCUUUGGGUUUGGUUUUUUUUUUUCCUUUUUUUUUUUUUUUCCCCCCCCAAGAGGGGAAAAGGUUUCCAGAAAGAGGCUGCAGAUUAAUUUCAGAAAUUGUUAAUUAUUUGUACAUUUUAUUACCUUGUUUUAAGUUUGAUUGAUUAUUUUUUUUUUUUAACAAGUGUGCCCUAGAUCCCUGGUGCAAAUCCAUGCGACGAGCGCUGACGGAGGAAAAGAAGGAGCUGCCCUCUAAGUCUGCGUAAAAGCAGCAUCUGAUAACUUAGAGAAUUGUCUAAACUUCCCUCCAAAAUAAGGUCUUGACAGUGCUGGUUUGUAAAAGCUUGCUUUUCUGUAGAAACAGUAAUUAAGGCUUGAGAUCUGUCCCUUAAUGAGCGUGGUACUCGCCCUGGAAACCCCCUCUGUACAAGAAGGAAGAGGAAAAGCCCCCUCAUCAUCCUGUAGGUUACAACGUACGCUGUGCUUUCAGGAGGGGAAAAAAAAAAGGAAAAAAAAAAAAAAAAAAAGCAGCGUUUAUUCCUCUGAAAAAUGGAACCCCCGUCACUGUGAUGGCAAUGUGAAAGCGCAGGUAGCGUUUGUUACGUGUGUCUGUUCUUUUUAAAAAAGAAAAAAGCAAAAAAAAAAAAAAAAAUUUGUAGUGUUCCUGUUCUUUGUAUUUUUAGUUGCAUAUUAUUUAUACUGCGCAGUGUAGGCAUGGAUUGCAUGUCAGUUUUCUAUGCGGGCACCAUGAUGACAUUAUAACUGUGUAUUAUAAAUCAUUUUUACCUUUUUAAACAGAAUCAUUGUGUGGAAUUUCUAUGCUGCAAAACAAAACACUACAUUACGUACUAUAUUCAUUUGUGUUAUUUAUUUUAUUAUUUUGUGGGGGGGAGGGGGGUGGUUUUAACUGUGGUGUAUAUUGCCUUAUGUGGGCUUGACCAAUUUUAUCAAAAUAAAGGCCUAAAGGGGUAAAA